UCAUUUUUUUUUCUCUUUUUAAUUUUUUUUUUUUAAGAUCAAAGGUGACAAGAAUAGCAGAGCAGAGAAGUUAAGAAUGAUGCAGAGAACACAGAUGUGAAGAACAAAGAAGAGAGGAAGGAGCUGAACCCAGUGCAGAGGGGGAGAGGAGAAGCAGCAGCCUAAAUCUCCUGCCCGGCUGGGUGACAAUGCCUGUUGAAAGGAUGCGGAUGCGCCCGUGGCUGGAAGAUCAGAUCAACUCUAACAGGAUACCAGGGCUGAAAUGGCUCAAUAAGGAGAAGAAGAUUUUUCAGAUUCCUUGGAUGCAUGCUGCAAGACAUGGGUGGGAUGUUGAAAAAGAUGCUCCCUUAUUUAGGAACUGGGCAAUUCACACAGGAAAGUACCAGUCGGGAGUAGAUAAACCCGAUCCAAAGACAUGGAAGGCAAACUUCCGUUGUGCUAUGAACUCCCUGCCUGACAUAGAAGAAGUGAAGGACAAAAGUAUCAAGAAAGGAAACAAUGCCUUCAGGGUGUACCGGAUGUUGCCAUUAUCUGAAAGACCUUCGAAAAAAGGGAAAAAAACAAAGUCCGAGAAGGAUGACAAAUUCAAACAAAUUAAGCAAGAGCCAGUUGAAUCAUCUUUUGGGAUUAAUGGUCUAAGUGAUGUCACUUCUGACUAUUUCCUGUCCUCCACUAUAAAAAAUGAAGUUGACAGUACAGUGAACUUUGUAGUUGUAGGACAGCCACACCUUGAUGGCAGCAGCGAGGAGCAGGUGAUAGUUGCCAAUCCUCCUGAUGUUUGCCAGGUAGUGGAGGUGACAACAGAAAGCGAUGAACAGCCCCUCAGCAUGAGCCAGCUGUACCCCCUACAGAUCUCCCCUGUCUCGUCCUAUGCAGAAAGUGAAACGACCGACAGUGUUCCAAGCGAUGAAGAAAAUGCAGAGGGACGAGUUCACUGGCAGAAGAAAAACAUUGAAGGCAAACAGUAUCUCAGCAAUCUGGGAAUGAGGAACACUUCUCAUAUGCUUCCCAGCAUGGCAACUUUUGUAGCCAACAAGCCUGACCUCCAAGUCACCAUCAAAGAAGAAAGCUGCCCACUGCCUUACAACAGCUCCUGGCCCCCUUUCCCGGACAUCCCUCUGCCACAAGUAGUGUCCACAGCCUCCACGAGCAGCAGCCGGCCAGACCGCGAGACACGGGCCAGUGUCAUCAAGAAAACAUCAGACAUCACCCAGUCGAGAGUCAAGAGCUGCUAAGCCUUUGACAGUGUGGUUUUUUAGCUUUGUUUUGUUUGGUUUUGUAUUUUACAUUUCUCUAGGAGAGGUUCAUCCCUUGACGCACACGAGACAAAUCUAAGGUAAAACCUUGGCAAUAUGAAACGUUGCUGUGUCCGACUCCGGCGGCGGAGUGGUUUUAACUCAGGACUCCUGUCACCAGUAAGUACACCUGAACCCAGGCAGGUCUCCAAGGUUGCUGUGGAGGCAGAUGACCCAAGAACUCUGGCCCACUCGCAGGUUCCACUGUUUCAUAAGAGGACCAACCGACCACAAGGGAAGUGGUGCUGCUGUGCUUCUUGCUGUCAAGGCUGUGAUGGAACUGAAAGCCUCCGAAUGGAAGAGAAAAUGUGAACUAGCUGGAAUAUUUUUAAAUAAAGAGAAAUCUAUUGUGAAUAUUGUACAUAGUGCAGUACUAGCAACGUUGCAGUCUGCUUCUGCACCUUAUUAAGAAAGCACUUACGAAAGGCCUUUUAUUACCUUGCUCUACUUAAUGGCACAUUGAAGGUCCCU